AUGGGCUCUAUGGAAGGUGCUGGGGCGCCUUUGCUGAACGACUACAAACUUGAAUUCUUCUGGAAGCGUUUCCCGCAAACGCUGCUCGGUGGAUUGAAGCUAAAACUCGGAUACGAUGCACCAUUCUACGUUUACUUGAAUCAAGUAUUGGUGUUCUUGGUACCUCUCAUUUUUGGAGGGAUUUUUACACUUCUUGCUGAGUUCAAAAUCAUAACUGAUGUGUACACGAAUGCUUAUAUUUAUGGAGGCCUUGUGGUCGUAUUUGUAAUAAGUACACAGCUUUUCAGCUGGUUAAUGCGUCGAAAUGCGACGAGUCUCGCUAAAUUUCAAAAGAACCUCUUGUCUCAAGACGACGAGAUUGACUUCGUUUCAUGUUGCGGUGUCGAAACUGUGGAGUUUACUUUUCCCGCAAAGAGAUUUGUUGUAAACAUGAUUACCCAUGCGGUGAUAUCUGGAGUUGUAUGUAGUUUAAUGUUUUUGUAUCUUUUACCGGCGAACCUGGCUGGGUUGUUUUCAAACACGGGUGCUACAGUGGUUCUUUACACUCUAGGAUGGUUAACCGUGUGUAUUUCUCAGUUCUCUUUGAGUUCUUCAUGCCCGCCCGAGUUGGCUAUUUUUAGAGCUCUGGACACAUUUGAAAUCGCUCCACUGAUGAGACCAUUUUAUGUGGUGAUAUUUGGAAUCAUUGGAGUUUUGGCAAGGUAUUGAAUGUCACUUGAUCUGUUAAUUUGCUUGAUGUAGCAUUGUAUUUAAGGUAACUGAGACAUUAGCUACAUAUAUACGUAUGCUCUCAUUCGUCGAGAGGUGUGUUUGGAUGAGGGUAAUGUUAACCAGUUUUAAACUUGCGGGAAUUGCAACAAUUUUUUUGAGAAAUAUUUUAAUAUAGGUAACAACAUUAUUAUGAGUACAAUUUGGAGUUAAUAAGCGUGGGUGAAUUUCUCAAAGACAAGAAAAUUGCACAUGCCCCUAGGGUGAGUGCAAUUUGUAGUCUUUGAAAAAUUUACUAGUUUUUAGUGACACUAUAUUGCAUGAGAAAUCAUGUUGUGGUAUGUGGUAAUAAUUAACAUGAAAAACACAUCACCGUAAGUCAAGACAGUUGAAACUUUUGCACUGCACGCACUAUUUGUUAUUUGCACUUGUGUUCCAACUUGGCAAUUUGGUCAUCAUGUACACACACCCAGGCACAUAGCCUGUCUAAAGAUUUGGAAGGCUGGCAGAAUUCUCAACAAAUUUUGCUAGCCCGAGAUGCAGCCAAGAGGUUUUGUACAGUUGUUACUAUCUCAGAGAGUUCUGAAAGUAUAAGUAAUCCAUUCAAUAUGACAGAAAUGAAUGUUUGAUUGUUUUUUCUUUUGCUGUCAUACUUUUUUUUAUAGUCAGAGAGUGCUGCAGCUUGUGUAUCAAGAACUUGAAAUGUGGGAAUAAGAUACAGUACAUUGUAGGAAAACACUAAUAAAUCAGUUGGUUGAAUUGGGAUGUGACAAAAUUGAAUUCAAAUUAAUUGUGUGAAGUGACACUUUAAACAUCAUGCAGCACUGUAAUAAAGUUUUAAACUUAUUAGAAAUACACUAUUAAAUAGGAAUUUCCGUAUCUCAUAAUGCUUAACCCUCACAUCCUAACAUCAUAAUGCAGGUUUUCAAUACUGUUCUCUAUACAUUUUCUACAGUGUUGGCAAGGAGAAGUUGUUUAACAAGGAAGAACUACUUAAGUUUGCAAUCAUUUCCUUUAUUCUCAUGACCUUAAUGUGAAAUUAAAGGGUGAUAUUGUAAGGAGAAAUAAGAUGCUGGUCACUCUUAGAGGUAAAAGGGUUAAAGAACUAGGACCACUAUGAGAAGAGGCAAAUCUCUUUUCAAGUCACGACCUCUUCCCUUGUUAGCAAUAAAUUUCACAAUCAUAAAUAUUUGAGAAUUGUUAUAUUGUAAAAUGUUGUUUCAUUUAUUUUUAUUAUUUUUUUCAAAUUUUCAGACAUUACUCCGAGUUAGUGGCAAUAGACAAGGUACUACAUAUCUUGUUUCCUUUUCUGCCCUUGCUAUGGAUUCUGGGUAUCUUGCCUCCUCUGGAUGCACUGUUUCCAUGGUUGGCAGAGCAGGCACUGGUGCUUGUUCUUGGUGGCUCCCCAUUAGCAACUGAUUUGAGGUUGGUUAUAUAGAGUGAGAUUCAUGUUUGAUAGGUGUUGAUACACUGUAGGUUUUCUCUAAAAGUCUGAUCAGAUUUCGGCUAAGUGACCUGGGAUCUGUUUUCAAAACUUCCUGUAACUUAAUGGGCCUAAAGCCACAUUUUAAAAUCAAGUUUUAAGCAAUAGAGAAGUAGGCUCUGGCACCAUCACUACUCCAGUUUGUUUCUUCAGCUAACAGUUUUAUUGUAUAAAUUUCAAAACUUUUGAAAUCCCCAUCUUAGUUGAAGACAGAAGCUUCAAAGACCAGUUAAGUUGCCUGAACUUGGAGAAACAGGUCCUACACUGUAGGACCUUUUUGUGUAUCUGACAAUAAGGGGCUGCAUAAAAUUCUGCAGCCAUUUCUGAGGGGUUGUGUUUUUUUUAUGCACUUGAUUUACCUUUCCAUAACAGAAAACAGCACUGAAGGUACUAACAAUGAAUCAUAUUGAUCAAAUUACAUGUAAUUGGCGUAACAAGCCUACACAACAAAGUUUAAGGAUAUUGUAUACCAGUCCUUCCACAUUGGAAAAGUAACUGUCUAAUUACUCUGUAUCAUUGUCCUCUGAUCCACUUGUGGAGGAGUUUCUUAUGUCUAGCUUGUCGUCCCAUUCUCCUAGAUAAUUAGUAUAAAACUCCUUUUCUAAUAAGUUAUUUAUUUGCUGUACAAGAUCCAACCUUGUGCAAUGCUCUUCAAGUUGCAAGUGCCCUUUGUUUUUCUUUCAGAUUACUGGUGAUGUUUAUCAUCUCAAGUCUUGUGGUUGUCAUGGCAACUUUUAUUUCAAAUUCUACUGCCAUUCUUAUAGUGUCAGCUUGUUUUGGCUUCAUCCUCAGUAUAGACAUCUUUGGUCUUGUUCUUCAAGUAUGGGUCAAAAUAAAUCAAGGAAAAACCUUGAAGCCAAUAGUGGCAGAAUGGAAAAUGAGAGAAAUAUUGAUUUUUGUAGUAAUGUUGGCAAUAACAGGGGCUUUGGCAGCAGUUUCCAGCCAUUUCUCAUCAGAUGCAAGCCUGAAGAUAUUUGAUGCCUUUGGUGUUUUGUUUGUGGUGCUCUUGGUUCUUGUUAAAGUUCUGGGAGAUAUACAAUCUGUGAGCAUUUUUUUUGGUUUGCUCAGAAAUCCAUUUUAUCCAGCAAGUAUUGAGUCAUCUAGAGAGUUUAAGAAAAGAAAAAAUAUUCUGAAAUACAUUGGUCUUCUGCGCCAAGCACUGCUUUGUUAUGGUGAGUAGGUUCUUUUUCUCUUUGUUUCAAGCUACAUGUAGCUAGGACAUGUCUGAAACAUGCUUUGUCGGCUGAGGCAUAGUGUUGGUUUCUUUGGCGGAACAACUAACUUGCCUGUAUGAAUGGAUGACUUGACAACUGGCAAAAUUCUGCUGAGAAAGAGAAAGGGGUGUGGGCCACAUUUACAUGUAUGCUACAUUUGUUUAGACCAUAUCAGUAUCAUACUUCUGGAAAUGGGAUACAGUGUAAGCUGUGGUAUUGUGAAUGGUUGCUGUUUCUGGUUAGACUUGAGUCAUUACACAGCUAGGUACAUUUAAGUCCUUGAAUAAUAUUUGUGCAGUGUUAACAAAAUUGUAGUGCAAGUUGAGGGUUAAGUAGAAAGAAAAUGAAGCAACUCUGAUGACUCACGAUUGGGAAUUCAGAUUUAUGAGAUUGGAUCUGCUUUUAUGUCUAGUCUUUUAUAAACUAAGGCUGUAGUCAUGGGUGAGUACUACAACGAAUGAGAAUAUUGUCAACCUUAUUGACUUGUAAUUAGUAAUUGCAUGAAUCAUAUGUUACACUGUAAUUAUUAAUAAGCAAAUUCUUAUACCAAUUUUUUGGCAUGUUUGUUUCAGUUGUACCUUUGCUUCAAGUUGCCUUUCUCAGCUUGUUCCUUGCUCUAGAGAGGGCAACUGUUUCAAACUUUGCUGUGGCCAUUGGAACUGUCAGGGCUCUUCGACAGGUAAUAAAGCUGACUGUUACUUUAAAUUUGAAUGCCUCUCUCGUACUUUCUACGGCGUUGGGACUCUUAUUCUUGUACAGAAAUAAAUCCAGGCAAGUACGUGCUAAUGACCGUCAUAUUGAUCUCACUUCAUGAAUCUUGUUUAGAAGUUGUCAAAUGCUUAAUCAAAGUUACUUAUACUUUUUCACUCAUGAAAAAUUAUUUUUAUACAGGUCUGGCAAAACACGUUUAAUUCUUUGCUGGAAAUAUCCGUCGUUUAUCUGACUGCGACGGCUCUGGGGUCAGAUGUGGCUACCUGGUGGGGUACUGCAGGUCUUGGACUACAGCUGAUGCUGGUGGGAGCCUGCAGGGACAGACUACAGCAGCUACUAAAUAAGGUAUCCUACAUGCUGACCCUCACUGUCACAGCGUGGACACUUCCCAAACAGCACCACAAGGCAACAGUACCUAUCCUUCUUGCACUCGUCAUAUUACUGCCUGUGGUACUAGCUGUACUGGGGGCUGCAACAAUUUUAGCCACUCCAUUGCUACCACUCUUCUGUCUUCCUGUAUUCUUGGUGGGCUUUCCGCGGCCAUUGCGGUCCUGGCCCAAGGCUGCCAGCACGGCUGCAGCAACCUGCCCUGACUCCGUGUUUUACAAACAACUGACACCUCAGGUAGUGUCAACUCUUGGUGUUACCAUGGCUAUGGGCACUCUGGGUAAUCCAUCACCAGGGGACCAUUACUUGGUGCGUUUUCAGGACCGUUUGAUUUGGGUCCACGUGCUUGAGUGUGGUUACAAAUUUUGCACUACGGUAUUGAAAGGCCUUGAGCUGCAGGAGACCUCAUGCCACACUGUGGAAGCCACGCGUGUAGAUGACGUGUUUCAGGAUAUUUUUGUGCAUGAGGGAAAAUGGCCACUGGUUUCAUUGAACCAACACGUAGCAAACGUUCUUUGCCCGUGUGACACAUUGAUCCUCAAUACUUACUCAGACGCGAAGAAUGUACUGACUGGUGUAAUUGAUCAGCCAGAAAAUUUACGGAGGAAUUCGGAAAAUUUCUUGAAGACUCUUGUCUGGGUUUUGGUGAAUUAUUGUAAAGAUCGAAAGUUUGAAAUCCCGGAACAAACCUCACAUCAAGUAUCCAUUGACAUUGCAAAGCAAGAGGUCAUGAUGUCAGUAGAGGUUUUACCUGCUCCAAAACCCAAGGAAGCUUUACUAGUCAGACAAACAAGUCAGGAUGAUUUGGACAUUCCAAAUGUUUUCAUGAGUUCAACAGAUUAUCAAGAACCAACAACGAGAGUUAAAUCACCCAAGAGACGACGAAGCAGCUCUUUGCCCAGUCUUAGCGAUAGUGUAUGGUCUCAGGAAAGCUUGAAACUGGAUGAAAGUCAGACGAGCGAUAGAAAACGCAAGCAGUCAGGGAGCGUUGGUGGUCUUCACGUCAAAGACGAAGGGAUUGAUGAUCUCGACGAAUCUUUCAAUCUAGGUGGUUUUCCAGCACUGGAUAUUGGACAGGCAAGCGCAUCGAAAAAUAAAGGCUUAAGCGAAAAGCUCCUUAAAAAAGUCGAUCCAGUUUUUAGUGAUUUCAAUUAUGACGUUCUUAGCUAUGGAGCUACCAAGAGGGAUGCUAAAGCAGGCGCAAGCGAUUAUAUGAAGCCAGUUACUUUUACAUCAGAGCAUGCCCAUAGACUUGAUUUGCCACAUCAUUGGAAGUUUUCCAUCCCAGUAGACAAACAUAAUUUAGACUCUUUAUCAGAAAAAUUUCCCGAUUUCUGGUUCAGACACGUUGUGAAGGGUUUAAACUUUGGAAACAACAGCAAGGGCAUUGCAGAAAGUAUCCUUGGCGAUUCAACUCUGAUAAGCUUCUACCGUCAGUUGACACGCGCGUGUUACGCUAUGGUGGAGGUACUUGGAUUCCCAGGAUCGUCUGCUGUAGCUGCUGGACCUGGUCACGUGCACAAAGUGUACGCUGGCGACGUGCCUUGGUCAAUACAUGUUGAUUGGCUGGAAAAAGAGACGGAGCUUAAAUCGCUGAUCUUGAAGGCGUACAGGUAUGAAAGAUGAAGCUGAAUAUUAUUGAUGUGUUGCAUUCCAUCUGAAAUCCUCUCUCCUUUUUGUACAAGAUGUGUAAUCUCGGGAACAGAGAAGGGGUGUACAGUGCACUACAAACGUGCGUGACAGAUUUUGGUAAUUGCUCUCCAGUAUACUUGAGAUCACAGCUGAUUAUAAUAUACCCAAGGUUUUUCCAGCAUAUUCUGUCCAUAAUUGGUUUCUUUUUGUUCAGCGAUCAAAACGUUAUCAAUGUCGGUUUUCUGUCUUUAUCAUAUAUCAACCAAUGGUUCUUCUCGUGUAUUAAUCAACAACAAAAUCAGUAAGGAAAAUUAUAAUGCUAUGCUCUUCAACACCAAACGUUAGUAAAGUUCCUACCUUGGAGAUUCUAACAUUGCCAACUACCGAAGCUACCGAUCUACUCCAGUUGAUCUUCUCGUGUAUUAAUCAACAACAAAGUCAAUAAGGAAAAUUAUAACGCCAUGCUUUCCUUAGAGAUUCUAACAUUGCCAACUACCGAAGCUACUUUUGAGAAAAUUAACGAAUAAGACCGACUGGAACUCAAAUCUCGUUUCUGCGUUGCUCAGCAUUUCCCUAUUUACCGCUAGGAGAAACUUCCACGAAAUUAGUAUUUCAAAGGUCCAUGAUCAUUGAUCCCACUUUGACUUUACUUCAUUGCAGAUAUGCUUUCAAGUUAACUUACGACGAAGCUGUUCUUGGAGAAGUGACAAGUGAAGAUGAACUUGUGGAAUACAUGACAGAGUAUGAUAGGGACUGGUACCUAGGCAGUGAGAUAGGCCACGAGUGGCAGUUGUCUAUCAUGGAUGAAAAGCCGUUCCUGUUCUCGCUGGGUCGAGACAAAAGCAAGGUAAUAAAUUGGAAAUACUUAGCUUUGUGAACACUCUUCUUGCAUGUAUUAUUACAUUCCAGUGCAUUCGCUACAGUUCAACUAAUAAGCUCUUCCUUUAUUGUAUCUCUUCAGGGCACAUACACUAGCCGUGUUCUCACCAAGCAAGAGAUAAUGGCCCCAGUCGGGCGCCUUAAUGGAGAAUGCGUGCGAGGCCAGUGGGCCUCGCUAGCUUUAGAACUACUGUACUUCACCAACGAUGACGAGGAGAGGUAUAGCAUCCAGGCUCAUCCCACACUCCUCAGGAAUCUGACCAUCCAAGCUGCGGACCCACCUCUGGGGUAUCCAGUGUAUUCCUCGGGUGCUGUGUCAGUACCAAUUGCGGUAGCCCCUUUAUAAAGGCCUUUUAGUAACAACGUUUGAUCAUGUGCGCCGUUCGUUAUGCAUUUGUGAAAUAUACGCAGUAUUAUGUUUGAGCAUUUUAAUGGUAGUUAGAUUGGUGUAAUCGCCAAACUGAUUAACUUUCAAACAUCUGGCGAACGUUCUCCGAAUAGAUUUCGCGGAAAACUUGAAAACGGAAAUAGGAAACAAAACAACCAAUUUGUGAAAGUAAAUUUUCCUAUUUGAGAGAGGGAAGGAAUUGGGCAGGUCACUCUGAGGGGUGGACAUAAGUUGUAAAGAACUGUCAUGAAAUGACGCGACAUUUAAUCUUGCCUGAAAAGAUAUAAUAUACAGUGGAACCCUUAUUAGGGCACAUGUCCGUGCUCUAGUUAGGAGUUUCCUGAACAGUAAUGGAAGGAAACAUUCCAUUGUGCACCUUGAUAAUCGCAUAUCAUAGCCUACGGUUGAAAGAACGACGUUUGUAAAUAUGUUUUGAAAUCUACUUUUUGACAUCUCUUCGCUGUAUCAGAGAAGAGCGUACUCUUCUUACAAUUCCUAAAAACUCAACAUUGAUCUUACGAAAUCUGAGAUUAUUUUCACAGCAAUGUACUGACAAAAAAAAUUCAGUUUUAAACGUUUCGGUCACGCAAACGAGGCGCUAAAUAUUUUUAAUGCUACACGAAUAUUUCCAUCACGGGAAGAAAAUUUCAAACUCCCCUAUGGUUUAUUUAUUUGAUCCAUACGUAAAAUAUUGUUCCGACAUGAAAUUAUUGUUCGCAUUUGAGAUUCAGGAUGCUCAGAGCGGGGAAAGGAAGGGAAAGUAGUUCUUUCUUAACGCCCUUAUUUCCUCCCGAAAGUAGAAUGCUUUUAAUUAUUCCCUAGUUCUCACUCAGCGAAAAAACCUGACAUUGUUCCUCCGAGCGAAUACGAAGAACUGACAAUUUUGGCGAAAAAAGUAGAUGGACUAUCAACUUUGUAUUUUGAAGAGUGUCCUCCAGUCACUCCCGUGUUGCCUUGAGGAUGGGUGUAAUUCUAUGCUACUCCGCUUAAGGAGGUACCCAUUUGACUUGAAGUACUUUGUACACAAAAGAAAGGGAUUCCCUAAUAUAAGUUAAAGAAUAGGAUAACGAAAGUGAUAGUUUCCAUUGGCUGAUGUGUUCUAAAAUGCCUUCAAGGGUGCCUUGGAAGAUCAUUGCCUCAAAUCGCAUAAAUACUAUUAAGAUCUUUUCUUGUGUUACUUUCGUUUGACCGAGAGUAGUUCCUGAUAUGAUUCAGGCUUUUUU